GACGGGUGGCAGCCCAGCCGGCCAAUAGGCGGCUCUCCAGAGCCUAAGCCGAAAGGGUAGAGGAGCCGUCACUACUAGCACCACUGCCUCCCAAGUUUCCCCUCGUGGAUGCAGGGCCCAGGCAGCUCCGCUCGCCCCGGCGCUGAGGGGCCCAGAGAGGCACGCGGAGCGGACUCGGGUCGGGGUUUCUGAUCAAGAGCAGAGGACAGGCGCCCGGCCCGCUCUGGAGGGUCCGUGAAAGAUGAAGGGCAGGCGGCGGCGGCGGCGAGAGUACUGUAAGUUCGCGCUGCUGUUAGUGCUCUACACCCUGAUGCUGCUGCUCAUCCCCUCAGUACUGGACGGUGGUCGCGACCGGGACAAGGGUGUUGGACACUGCCCCGGCCUGCAGCGCAGCCUGGGAGUGUGGAGCCUGGAGGCGGCGGCGGCCGGCGAACGCGAGCUGGGCGCAGAGGCGCGGGCCGACCCCGAAGGGAGCACCGGCCAGUCCCCGGGCAACCUCAGUGCCGUCGUCGGGCAGCCGUUGGCUCGCGAGAAGCAACACAUCUACGUGCAUGCCACCUGGCGCACGGGCUCGUCCUUCCUGGGUGAGCUUUUUAACCAGCACCCAGACGUGUUUUACUUGUACGAGCCCAUGUGGCAUCUAUGGCAGGCGCUGUAUCCAGGCGACGCCGAGAGCCUGCAGGGCGCACUGCGAGAUAUGCUGCGUUCUCUCUUCCGCUGCGACUUCUCUGUGCUGGGGCUGUAUGCGCCGCCGGGGGACCCCGCCGCGCGAGCCCCGGACGCAGCCAAUCUCACCACGGCCGCCCUGUUCCGCUGGCGGACCAACAAGGUCAUCUGCUCGCCGCCGCUGUGCCCCGGCGCGCCCCGUGCCCGCGCCGAGGUGGGGCUCGUCGAGGACGCCGCCUGUGAGCGCAGCUGCCCGCCCGUAGCGCUCCGCGCACUGGAGGACGAAUGCCGCAAGUACCCGGUGGUGGUCAUCAAGGAUGUGCGCCUGCUCGACCUGGGUGUGCUGGUGCCCCUGCUUCGUGACCCAGGGCUCAACCUGAAGGUGGUGCAGCUUUUCAGAGACCCUCGAGCCGUGCACAACUCGCGCCUCAAGUCCAGGCAAGGACUGCUGCGGGAGAGCAUCCAGGUGCUACGCACUCGCCAGAGGGGCGACCGCUUUCACCGUGUGCUGCUGGCGCAAGGCCUGGGGGUCCGCCCCGGGGGCCAGUCCCGAGCACUGCCCGCCGCCCCUCGGGCAGAUUUCUUCCUGACUGGAGCACUAGAGGUUAUCUGCGAGGCUUGGCUGCGCGACCUGCUUUUUGCGCGCGGAGCUCCUGGCUGGCUGAGGCGCCGCUACCUGAGGCUGCGCUAUGAGGACCUGGUUUGGCAGCCGCGCACCCAACUGCGCCGUCUGCUGCGCUUCACUGGGCUGCGUGCGCUCGCUGCACUGGACGCCUUCGCGCUCAACAUGACGCGCGGCGCGGCGUAUGGCGCGGACCGACCCUUCCAUCUGUCUGCACGCGACGCCAGGGAGGCCGUGCACGCCUGGCGAGAGCGCCUGAGCCGGGAGCAGGUGCGCCAGGUGGAGGCCGCCUGUGCUCCAGCCAUGCGUCUGCUGGCCUACCCUCGCAGCGGAGAGGAGGGCGACGCGGAGCCACCCAUGGGAGGGGAGAUGCCACUGGAGACGGAGGUCGAUGGCGCCACGUAACCCUUCAAGCCCACUCUCGGGCGAAUCCUGGCCUCAGGAGUUCCACCCCUAGCCAAAUGCUGCAAUAUUUUAUGGUUUCAGGACAAUUUUGCAAAAAUUUCUGCUCCCUUCAUUUUUACUAAUGUGUAUUGAAUACUGGCUGGAUGAGGUAAUAAAGACAAGGGAGAGAAGGGUACAGGACAUGGACUCUGCCCUCUAGGAAGUGCAAAUCUGUGCUCCUGGCAGCGACUAUGGGGAAAGACAUCGAUGCCACUGUUUGGAAGUACAGUGGGGCUUCCUUUGUAUGGACAUCUGGGUGCAAGUUUGAAGCUCUUCCAGAAUGGUGGCUGAGCCCUUCCUCCCACAUUGGGCUCUUCCUACUAACCAGUGCAUUUAUUAAAAUGGUUGUGUUCCUGGUUCCUAGGAAGAUAAUUUUCUGAUCCACUGGUGAGUUUUCCAAAAGUUUACCACACUCUAGGAAAGGAAGGGAAUGGAUACUUAUCAGAGUCUAUGCCAUGCAUUAUGUUAAGCAUUAUACAUAUGUGAUUAUACCAAUUUACAUAUGAGAAGCAUGAGACUCAAGUAACCUACCUAAAGUUUCACCUGGGCUAGUGAAAGUGGAAUGGUGAUCAGUGUUAGAUUCGAGAGCCCAUAAUCUCUCCAUUGUACGUGCCCUGCCUGGCUCCCCUUAUAUGCCCUGGCAGCAACCCUGGCACCCCAGCUGGCCUUACAGGGUUGGGGAGCAAAGCACACUUAGCUUCAUUACUAAUACUUUCCUGUUGUAGUCAAUAAUUGCAAGAGAAACAGAUUUAAUGCAGGACAAAGAAAUUUACAAGAUUAACUGACAGUAUCUGCCCACAGAGUCAAAUGUAGGAGAAAUCUUUCCACAUGUACAGAUCUUAGAGUAUCCAGCCAAAAGCCUGGAGCCCAUGGCAAUGUCCUGUAUGAACCUGUAUCAGGAGGCCGAGGAAUCUGUGGUGGAAAGCCUGAAGGGCUGGUGCCGGAGGCUAGAGAGUCUGCACUUACAGACCAAAACGCUCGUGCUGGAAGCUGAAGAAUCUGUGCCAAAAGCCAGAAGACAACACUCAAGGCAAAGACUGGAGCUCCUCCAAGGAAAACAACAGCCAUCCCUGGCAAAGUGAGGACCAGAGCUCCUUUGAACAGGAUAGCCAAAGCUCUUCCAAGGAAAAUCAGCUGAAAUCCUUCCCUCCCAUUCUCCUUUUAUACCAUUCAGCCUUAAGUGGGUCUUCCAUGUGAACCACACUGACUCAACUGAGCCAGGCAUUCCCACUCAAGCUGACAAUUAAUUAACCACCUCAGUUCCCAACCAUGAACAAAUAAACUAUCCCUGAGCUGCUGACCGCACCUGCAGCCAUCCUCCCCACAGGA